AUGGUAGCUUGGACCACGGUGGAGUUUCAUGGGUUGGUCAAUGGUAGCAGCUGGUUCAAGAACAAGAGAACCUCUUUGUCUGACUUCAUCAUCACUAACCGGGGUCUCUCCAGGAUUGUUCUGCUGUGGAUUCUCUUUUUUUUGUCCCUCUGCUGUGGAUUCUCUUGAUUGAUGGUGUUCUCUGCCAAACUCUACGAUGAAUAAUUUGCAAUCAUGCAGAUUAGUGAUAUUUUCUGCACAUUUACAAACCAUCUGAGCAUUUGGCUUGCCACCUGUCUCAGUAUCUUCUACUGCCUGAAAGUCUCCAGUUUCUCCCAUCCUACGUUCCUCUGGCUCAUGUGGAGAGUUUCCAGGUUGGUUGUAUGGAUGCUGUUGAGUACCCUGCUCUUAUCAUGUAGCAGUGCCGUCUCUCUGAUCCAUGAAUUUAAGAUCUAUUCUGUUCUCAGUGGAAUUGAUGGAACAGGGAAUGUGACUGAACCCUUUAGAAAGAAAAGAAAUGAAUAUAAGCUGAUCCAUGUUCUUGGGACUCUGUGGGACUUCCCUCUCUUAAUUGUAUCUCUAGCUUCCUACUUUCUGCUCAUCCUCUCCCUGGGGAGGCAUAUGCGGCAGAUGCAGCAAAACUUUACGAGCACCAGAUAUCCAAGUACUGAGGCCCACAAGAGGGCCAUCAAAAUCAUCCUUUCCUUCUUCUUUCUCUUCCUACUUUACUUUCUUUUCUUUUCAAUUUUGACAUGCAGUUAUUUACCAGCAACUGAGGUGAUUAUGAUGACUGGAGAAGUAAUUACAAUGUUAAAUCCUGCUGGCCGCUCAUAUAUUCUCAUUCUGGGAAAUAAUAAGCUGAAGCAGAUGUUCAUGGAGAUGCUUUGGUGUGAGCCUGGUCAUCUGAAGCCUGGAUCCAAGGAACCCGUUUUUCCAUAGAGCAUCUGCGGGCACAGGAGGGAGCCUAGGAGUCCUUAGACCUGGCUCAGGAUUGCAGGGCUCUUCCUUACCCUCCCUUGGCACCACUUCUGUCACAUCAGUAGGAGAGACACUACUGCUUCAUUCUGUCCCACUCGGGGACACUUCUCAUGGCCUCUCCUUGUAUGGUUGUUUUGGAGAGGGUGAAAUAGUCUUUGGAAAGUGUCAGUGUGGUAAAACACUCACUAUAUAGACAUGGAGUUGUAUUUUAAUAACUAUUAGCUCCACAUAAUGAUCUGAUUAUUAACUUUAACUUAAAGUUUAUACUGAUAGCAAUGUAGUGAUCUACAGGGGAAAGAGUAAAAGCAUUGCAGUCCCACAGACUUGGAUUUGAAUUCUGGUUCUGUCCAUUUUCCAAGACUUUUUGGCCUUAGGUGAGUUACUUUAAUUACCUCUCUUCCCCCUUUUAAAAAUGCGGACUGUGAUACUGACCUCACAGGGUUUUAGAGAUUCAUGAGACAAUGUGUGCCAUCGUUUCAGCUCAGUGUAUUGUGUCAGCAUGCAGUAGGUGAAGCUGUUAGUGUAACAGACCGUGAAUUGUGUGGUAACAGCAAUUCCCACAAGAGGCCAGUUUCCACAAAUCCACUGUGUAAUGACAAGCAGUGGAAUGAAAAUCAAGACCCUUGGAUACUA